GAACACGUAGAAUUUUCGGCGUUUUAUUGUAGGGGUUACUUCUUUAAUAGCUUAUUUCCUAGCGGAAGUGAUGUCGCUUUCCCAGCGCGUGCCUUACGUUCCGCGCAUUCUUUCCGCAUUCCCCUGCUGAGCUGAAAGAGUCCAAUCGGUGGACGGAAACCUCAAAGGUCUUUCCUCCUGCGAGCGGCUGUGCGUGACGCGAAGGAUGUUGCUAUGACAGCUGGUCUUCUCGGCUCCACCUAUAAAACACGUUGCCAUGGCAGCUGCGCUCCACGGCUCCGCCCAGAAGCCUGGACCACAUGUUCCUUCCGCGGAUUGUUUCCUUUCAGGCGCUCCAUUCAUGCUGCGCUCUGAGUCAUUUACGGGAUGCGACAUCAGCAGCCGAACGGGGAGGUUUGCUGCAGAAAGGACUGAGCAGACUGGCGCCUCCAGUUCCACUAAUCUGUUAGUGAGAGCUGAUCAUUUUUAGUUGGUUGACUAACGUCGUAAUCGUGAUGAAAAUCCCGAUUUACAGUUACAUUACAGCGUCUUGCCAGUUCACACUGUAGUCCAGAGCAGAGACAACAGCCGAGAUUCGGCUCCCCCCGCUCUCUGCCAUAAAUAUUUGAUGCUCACGGGCUGCCGGACUGCUGCUGCGCCGUGACAGGUGCCACAGUGACAGGCGUGCGAUGGGCAGGAGGGAAGCCGGCGGAGACCAGGGCGCCAUGAGCACGAGCGAGCGCCGCGAGCUCGAGAGCCUGCGGGGCAUCGCCUCCUCCGGCGACGGCUGCUCGAGCGUUGCGACGAACGGCGCGAACGCGGGCGCCGCGAGGCGGCGGCCGGAGAGGAGCGGCUCGUGCCCACCUGCGAGGCCCGCGCAGCCGCAGGAGGUGAAGAAACACCAGCACAAGCACAACCUGAAGCACAGGUACGAGGUGCUGGAGACCCUGGGCCGGGGCACGUACGGCAAGGUGAAGAAGGCCACCGAGAGGAGCAGCGGCACAACCGUGGCAAUCAAAUCCAUCCGGAAGGAGUGCAUCACUGAUGACCUGGACAAAAUCCAUAUUCAGAGAGAGAUUGAAAUCGUUUCAUCUCUGAGACACCCAAACAUCAUUCGUAUCUAUGAAGUGUUUGAGAGCAAAGACAAGAUUGUCAUUGUCAUGGAGUAUGCGAAGGGUGGGGAGUUGUACGACUACGUCAACACCAAGAGGCGGCUUUCAGAAACUGAGGCACGCAAGAUAUUCCGGCAGAUCACUUCUGCAGUACACUACUGCCAUAAGAAUGGUGUUGUGCACAGAGAUCUCAAGCUGGAGAACAUCCUUCUAGAUGAAGACUUCAAUGUCAAGCUGGCUGACUUUGGCCUGUCCAACCACCACCGGAAAGGAGAGCUGCUGCAGACCUACUGUGGGAGCCCUUUGUAUGCAUCUCCAGAGAUCAUCAAGGGCCUGCCCUACCAUGGCCCUGAGGUGGACUGCUGGGCCCUCGGCGUGCUGCUUUAUGCGCUGGUUUAUGGGAGCAUGCCUUUCGACGGGGCCAGUUACAGUGUCUUGACGGAGCAGAUCAGUCAGGCCAGAUACAGGAGGCCUCAGCCACCUUCAGAUGCGUGUGCGCUGAUUGACUGGAUGCUGACGGUCAACGUGGAGGAGCGGGCCACCGUGGAGGACAUCGCCAACCACUGGUGGGUCAACUGGGGCUUCCAGGAGCCCGUAUGUGAUUGCACAACGAGCCAGGACUGCCCAUCACCGCUGCUCGCUCGCUACAUUGAUUGGCAGAACAGGGCGCUCUGUGGUACUGGCCACACCUGCUCUAAGCCCAGUACCUCCGAGGUCCAGCUUUACUUCAGCUUCCCCAUCUCGCAGACUGCCGCUAAGCCUGGGGGCACCGCCUGCAUCAAGAAGUCUCGAAAGGAGAACACCAUUUCACAGCCCAACACAUGCAGUGCCAUCCCACCCACCUCCAAUCCGAAGAAGCCGAAGGGCAUCCUGAAGACACAGAGCAGCUUCGACAGCGCCUUCCUACCUCAGCGCGCUGCUGGAGAGACUCCGUCCUAUAGUGCCGAGGGCCCAGCAAAUGGGCGUACGGCCAACUCGCACACACUCCCCACACGUUGUCAGCCCUCCUCCAAAAUGCCCAAGAAGGGCAUCCUUAAAAAGGUGUACGAGAGGGAGUCAGGGUACUCGUCCUCUCCCGAACGGGGGGAUGUGCCAGAGGACACGGGCUGCAGCACGACCCUGUCAGAGCAAGAGGGUCCAGCACGGCCAGAGGUGGUGCGUAGAAGGAAGGGCAUUCUGAAACGCAACGGGAAGUUUUCGUCCAGCCUCGACCUCUCCGAACACGCUGCCUCCCUCCACUUCUCCGAGUCCCUGGAGGGGCUUCUCCUGUCCAGUGGGGGCAGCAGCGCAAUGGCUGAGGGCCAACCGCCCCCCCAGCAGAAGGGAGUCCGCGCGCAGAGCCGGCCAUCAAGCGUGAUCAGCGACGACAGCCUCCUCUCAAGCGACUCCUUUGAUCUUCUGGACUUAAGCUCUCACUCCCGCCAACAGUUCUUCAGCCCAGAGAGCCACCACAGUGUUUACAGCUCAGAAGAAGAGCUGGAGGACCAGAAGAGCUGCAAGGAAAAGCGAGCCACGAGCAAGCAGGAGGAAAGGGACGAACUCCUUCAGAAGGCCCAGGAGAGUAGUGGACACAUAUAGCGCUGCUCUCUAGGUCCAGAUCAGCUCUGACUUUCCCAGUAAUUUGUUCAGAUAUUGGCCCUGGGCCUGCUUUUAAAGCAGUAUUUGUUAUGGCAAAUGCAGAUUGCCUUAGGUCUCAAAUGUCUUAUUGUUAAAAUUGCAUUUAAAGAGCCUCGGUUUAGCUUCAGUUCUCAUUCUGCCAGGGAACGUAAAUACAAUGUCACUGUAACAGCUGAAGAGGCCUUUUGACACUGUCAGCCUUGUCACUGCCUGAAAUGUACAUUGACAACUUGUUGUACGAACAUAAAUACAAACAGGGUACACACUUAAUGAGGGCAGGUGAUAAAAUUAACCAGCACUCACCAUCUCUUUUUACUUGCUUUCAUUACUGGGUUUUAUUGGUAUUGCCAGACUAAUGGAUGCAGUUAAUUGCUGGGAUUUAUUACCACAGGAAUCUCUUUAAGUUAAUGAGGUUGAAAGAUGGACUGCAAGGCUUCUCCAGGUCCUUAGUGAAAAACAGUCGCAAGUGGUGAUAGUAAAUUAAAAACAUUAGAAUGUAAGUGCUGAUUAUUCUAAAGGUAGGUGGUUUUGCUCCCCUGUUGCCAUGGUCACGAAUUAGUAGUGGUAGACACUAAGCGUAAACACUGCAAACAAACUUGAACAGUGAAACUUGUUGCAGUGAAAAAUAGGAGAAUGUGUUAUUGUAACAGCUGUACAAUAUAUUAGAAUUGCUUACUUGUUUACUGACAGCACAAACACGUGAUAUUGUGUAGGCUGAGUAUGACAUUUAUUAGAAUAAUAUUUAUUGUGGAUUGUCCCUUGGUUGAAUGAAUCCAUGUACAGCAUAUAAUUUUAUGUACAAAGUGAAUGUACAACAUUUCACCGUCUAACAGAGCAUUUCUGUUUACUUUUCAAAUGUCUUGACCACCACGUGGACAGUGUGCCUUCUGGACGUUUUCUCAGUGUAAAUACACCUGUGCGACGGGUGAGCGGGUCCAGUACGCAAGGGCUGCAGGUGAGGUGGCUUGUUCACCAGUUACACAGCUGAACACCGAGAUUAAACAAAAAUGAGGACGUCCUGAGUCCUGAGACCUUCCAGGACUGAAUGUGUCCACCUCUGCUGCAACCUGCAAACCUAGCUGUUGUGUUGAACGGGUCUGGUUAAAUGCUGAGCGUGUGCAAGUGCACAGUACAGUUAAUACUCUUGGGUCUUGCUUUUGUGUGUUGAGUUCUAAGAAAAACGGUGUACAGUAUUCAGUACUUUAAUGAGUAAGGAUUUUGCUAAUCAAAAUAGACACCUUGCCCGACGUAUAAUGAAAUGUUCUGACUGGCAGACGAAGACCUGUGAGGCUGCAUUUAUAGCUCUGUAUAGUUGUACUCAUAUGUAACAAGUCCACUCAUAUUCCAAAUGAAACAGCAGACAAAAGCACAAACCGGAGACUGACAUUUAUCCAGACCCAAAUUCAGUAGCAGCAGGGAUGUUACGGAGGGAGAAUAAGAUUAACCAGUUUCCUGUCUAUUUAUUUUUUUGUAUCAUAUGCAUAAGGUGAUAUUCUUGGCUCUGUAUCUUUUGUACUGUAAAUAAAAAAUAUGA